AACAUCAACGUCAGUGUAUGCCCCUUCUUGAGCUCUCCUAAAGCUAGAUAUCUAGUCUCACCAUCCUUCCAAAGCCUUUCACUUCCACUCUGAGACCUGUAUUGUCUCGCAUAACCAGCACGCCACCACCAUGUCUACGUCCUCCUCCCACACAUCCCCCCACGGCGCCCUCGCCGACCUCCUCCCCUCUCACUUCACCACCCAAAUAACCACCUGGCUGGCCGAAGACACGCCGUCGUUUGACUACGGCGGCUUCGUCGUGGGGUCCGACCCGCGCAGUGCACAGCUCCUCUGCAAGUCCGCCGGGGUGCUGGCCGGGGUGCCGUUUUUCGACGAGGUGUUCCGCCAGCUCGACUGCACCGUGGAAUGGCACUAUGGCGAAGGCACACACCUCGACCCGACGCCGGCCGGCGGGAAGAUCAAAGUCGCCACGGUCCGGGGCCCGACGCGGAAACUGCUGCUGGGCGAAAGAGUUGCGCUGAACACGCUGGCCCGGUGCAGCGGGGUGGCGACGCGGUCGCGCCAGAUGCUCGAGCUGGUGCGCGGCGCGGGCUACCGGGGCAUCCUGGCCGGCACGCGCAAGACGACGCCGGGGUUCCGGCUGGUCGAGAAGUACGGCAUGCUGGUGGGCGGGAUCGACGGCCACCGCCACGACCUGUCGAGCAUGAUCAUGCUCAAGGACAACCACGUCUGGGCCAAGGGCUCCAUCACCAACGCGGUCCAGGCGGCGCGCGCCGUGGGCGGCUUCGCCCUGAAGAUCGAGGUCGAGGUGCAGAGCGAGGCCGAGGCGGACGAGGCCAUCGAGGCGGGUGCCGACGUGGUCAUGCUGGACAACUUUGACGGCCAAGGGCUGAUGGUCGCGGCGCGGAGCCUGAAGGAGAGAUGGAGGGCCCGAGGCCGGGCACAUGUGCUGCUGGAGAGCAGCGGCGGGCUGACCGAGGCCAACGUCAAGGAAUACAUUAAUAACGAUAUCGACAUAAUAUCCACGAGCGCCGUCCACCAGGGGGUGCCGCACAUAGAUUUCUCCCUGAAAAUCGACCAUUGAACGAUAC